GCUAUUCCCACCUCGAUGCCGACGGCAUAAGACUCACAGAACGCGGAAACAAAGUCCUCAUAAGCGUCAGAGACCUGAGGUAUCCCGACAAAGACCGCUGGACGAAACCACAGCUCCUUUUCGACGAAAAUGGCUCGGUCAAGGUCAACGUGGCAAGACUAAGGGGCUUUCAAGAGGCCACCCGAAGCAUGUUAGAAGGCUUGGAAGCAUUGAAUGAAAGGAUUGCGAUAGAAAAACGCGCUAUCGAACUGCAAAAAACGUUAAAAGAAAGGGAGGAAGAAUACGCAAAGCAAACUCAGCUAAUUGUCGAUACCGAAAAAAAGUUCGGCAACGAAAGAAUGGUAGAAAUGAGAAACCAGUUGGAUAAAGCCCUGCGCGAUAGGGAUAAAGCGCAAAGGGACCUGGAGGAGGCCAAAAGCUCUGGCGCCUCAGCGGAAGCGCUGCGGGAAACGUUGGAAGAAAGGGAGGAGGAAUACAUGAAGCAAAACCAACGACUCGCCAACGCACAUAGAAGGGAGGUCGAAUUUAAAAAUCAAGAAAUAAGUGAGCUGGCAGACCAAAGAACCCGAAUUCGGCGUGAAAGGAAUCAAGCACAAAAGGCCCUUAACCUCGCCCUGCAAGAGUUGGACUUAAGAAGCGAAGAUGCUAAUGACUUACAAACUACCAUAGCCAGCUCUUUAGUGGAACGGCGGCGGUUAAUGGCUGAAAUCAAUACUAAGGAGGAACAAAUCCGGCAAAGAGAUCAGGCCAUCGAAGACCUGGAGGGGCAAAUAGAGCGGCAGCAAGAAGUAAUCGAGGACCAAACUCGUACCGAGGAAGAAAGGGAAGCAGCUCAAAAGGAAGUAGAUACGCUCGAAAUACGCCUUGUGGAAUUACAGGCGGAAAAGGAGAAGCUGGAAAAGGAGCUAGGGCUUACCACCAAGGAAAAAGUAUUAAGAGGUCUUUUAAAGUAUGGCGUUCCUCUAGCAUUCGCAAUUGCCAUUUCCAGCGUGGUAGGUGUAAUCCUUAGCACACUUAAUGCUGUAGGUAAAGCGGCAAAGGCGAUGGGAAAGAAAUUAGGCAAUGGGCUAACGGACUUAGGCCUAGAGACUAAGCACCGUAAGGGUGCUAAUGGUUGCGUGGUUAUAUUUUUCAUCCCUCUGAUUUUCUAUGCUAUUUACGCAAACACUCCCCGUAUCAUCUACGCGUAUCUGCAGCUUUACCUUUCCAUGGCAAUCGGUAACCAUGUGAAAAGUCCAAACGGAAAGAUUUUCGGCGCUGCUGGGGUUGGGUUCUACGGAGAAAUGCACAGGCUCCCUGUUGUUCGUCUUCGCGCGCAUAGGCUGCAGUACGCCGUUCGCAUCCAGGAACCUAAAGCCGACGUUGGCAUGGCUUGCGGUUCCAAUGCAAAUGCUACAAAGGAUUAA